UCCGCGAUCCCUUUCGCGCUCCACUCUGCCGGUGGGCGGACCGCGGAUCUGCCGUUUGAGUUUCAGUAGUGGCUUUCUUUUAAUUUCCCGGGUAGUGUUUACGUUUGGCAUCCAUGUAGGGCAACAUUUUAAGUGGCGAGUGCAGUGGGUGAGGACGAGAGAUACACUGUGCACCGAUUGAGGAAUUGAAGAUGCUUACCAAUCGAACAAAACAUACACUUCAUUGCAUUUUAUUAUUUUGCGUUCUCCUAUUUUACCAAUUUGCCACUGGCGGAAUCCAAAUUGGCUACAAUGAAUCUCUCAACUUUGAUCCAUGGGAACGUUACGGUUUUGCAGGAGCGCUCCUUCUGUACCUGUUACGAUGCUUCACAUUCUUGCCGCUGCCACAGGUCCUAUUUAACUUGUAUGGACUCACUAGAUUCAAUGCAUUUCCUGGCAAGGUGAAACUUACUGGAUCACCUCUUUUAGCACCAUUCAUAUGCAUUCGUGUGGUGACGAGAGGUGAUUACAAAGAGCUAGUGAAGAACAAUGUUUCUCGCAACAUGAAACAAUGUUUAGAAGCUGGAUUGGAGAACUUUCUUAUAGAGGUAGUGACAGACAAGCCUAUUGGUUUACCACAACAUAGAAGAACAAGAGAACUUGUUGUGCCAACUUCAUAUCAACCCAAAAGUGGCGCCCUUUUUAAAUCAAGAGCAUUACAAUAUUGUUUAGAAGAUGGAGUCAAUAUUUUAACUGAUAAUGACUGGAUUGUACAUCUUGAUGAAGAAACCCUGCUCACUGAAAACUCAAUCAGAGGCAUUUUGAACUUUGUACUUGAUGGGAAACAUCAUUUUGGGCAAGGGCUUAUAACCUACGCCAAUGAAGACGUCGUGAAUUGGAUCACGACGGUCGCAGACAGCUUCCGAGUUGCAGACGACAUGGGGAAACUACGAGCCCAGUUCACCGUGUUCCACAAGCCUUUCUUCAGCUGGAAGGGGUCCUUCGUUGUAACACUGGCCUCUGCGGAGCGGCAGGUGUCGUUCGACAACGGCCCGGAUGGGUCGGUCGCCGAAGACUGCUACUUCGCUAUGCGCGCGCUGGACCAGGGCUACUCGUUCGCCUUCAUCGAGGGCGAGAUGUGGGAGAAGUCGCCCUUCUCCGUGUGGGACUUCAUCCAGCAGCGCAAGCGCUGGCUGCAGGGCAUCCUGCUGGUGGUGCACUCGCAGGCCAUCCCCUGGCGCACCAAGUGGCUGCUGGCCGUGUCCUGCUACUCGUGGGUCACGCUGCCCCUCGUCACCUGCAAGGUGGUGCUAGCCACUAUGUUCCCCCUGCCCUGCCCAGCUGCACUCAACAUGCUCUGUGCAUUUAUUGAGGGCAUGAACCUGUACAUGUAUAUAUUUGGUGUCAUCAAAUCAUUUUCUGUGUACCGGUUUGGAGUGCUGAGGUUAAUCCUCUGUAUCAUUGGAACUCUGCUCAUCAUUCCUUUUACUCUGGUCAUAGAGAACAUUGCAGUAAUAUGGGGCGUUUUGGGAAGAAAGCACAAGUUUUACAUUGUCAACAAGGAGUUCCAGUCAUCACCAGUCAUUAUUGCUUAAGCAUUGCUCUCUCCCAAAAUAAGUAGUCUUAGCAUAUUGAGAAAGAUUUGUCCUCAGAGAGUAAGAACUGUGUGAAAAAUCUGGAUAUGCCUUUUAAUGUCUGAUGUAGGAUUAACACUUACGAACAUGAGUAGUCUAAAUAACUUCAAAACCAUAAUGAGAAAUUUGACUCAUUAAUUUAAGUGGUGACCAAUAGUUCUUAGGUCAAUGAACCAAAAAACAAAUUUUAUGUAAAGGUCAUUAUUUUUGAACAAAUAUUUUCUUUGACAUUCUUACUAAAUGGUACCUUAUUGGACCAAUACCAUGGGAUUUCCUUGAAGAUAUCAAAUCUGCUAGUUGAACUUAUUUAUCUGAGCCACAACUUUGUGUUGCAGUUUGAUUUUUCUUAGUUGUUAAAACUAUUCUCAGCUUCAUAAAAAAAUACCUGAAUACAAUUUCGUUGACCAGUUAUUCUAUUCUAAUGUAAGAGUCAGAUGUUGAUGUUUGCCCUGUUCAACUGCUCGUGGGAAGUAAGGUGCAUCUCUGUAACUAGUCAAUGCAAUACAUGAUGGUGUCUGUGAUCUCAGGCAUACUUUCGCAGAGACUUUUGAGCUUAUUAUGUUAAUAUUGUUAAUGGGUUCUAGCCCUCUUUAAUGUUUGCACCUGAUAUUAAUUUAGUUUCUUAAAACAUAGGCAGAUAAUGUUGCAGGUAUAAAAUCUAUGCCUUUUUGUUUUCUUUCACGCACCAAAUUUGUUUACAAUGAACCUUUGUGAUUCUCAUAAUUUUCGUCAAGCCAUGAGAAGUAAUUACUGUACCACACUUCUUGUACUUCAUAUGUUAACAUUUUCAUUUAAAAAAUAAGAAGAAAAGUGUGAUAAGGCCUUCUUUUAUUUUACAGAUAGUACUUUAUAUCUGAUAUUACCAGACCCAGUGACUUAAAAUUCUGUGAUGUUUGACGAAAAUGAGCAUAGCAGUUAAUUAUGCAGAAGCCCAGGAAAAAUUAUGUGCAAAUCUGAGAUGGAGACUGCUGUUUCAAGAAUCAAAUAGGUGAAAUAACCCUCUCUAGAAAGAAAUUCUUGUGUGUGUAUUCAGUGAGGAGACUUUUCCUCGGAAGCAUAAUUUUGUUUCUGAUCAGUUGCAGAAACUGUGACCAAUCGUUUAUGUGGAUAUAUAAUUAAUAUUUUGUCAAUUGGAAAUGAUGUGGAAACUUUUCUGAAUUUACUGUAAACAGAUGAAACUUAGCGAGAGAAUAUUAACGGAGGAUUGCAAAUUUUUGUGUGAAGGGCAGUUUGGUCUUAUGUUUACCCUGCUAAAUCUCACUGGGACUAUCCCAAGCCAUCAUGCCAUCCUCUUCCUUUGAUUCAUGACAUAAUGUCUCUGAUUUGAUUAUAUAUUAAAUGAGUAAAAUUUUAAACUUGCACAAUGCAUUUGAAGUCUGCUUACUGUUCUUGUAUUCAUCUUUAUAACUUAAGAUAUUUAUUUUUAAAUGUCACUUAAAGACUUCUAGGCUAUCUCUUUGCUACCAAUCUUUACUUUUAUUUUCGUUUUACAAAUGUGGUUGUGUUGUAUAUUUUGCCUGAAAGGUGGAAGUUUGUGCCAAGCACUGAAUGUAGUGCAGUCACAACUCCUUUUUUGAGUACUACUUGCAGACAGUCUGAUAGACAGACUAGGCCAUUCAAUGCCUAAAUUGCCUAGAUUAUUUUUAUUUUUUGUAAUGGUUUUGUUUGUUUCUUAUUUUUUCAUCUCAGAAUUGUUUUGCUUUAAUGCAUAUUUAAAGAAUUACAGAAGUUCCAAUCAGACAUAUCUCCUUGUUCUCAAAAUUAGAUGAACCAUGUGACGAUAGACUCUAUGGAUACAUGUUCGGACCUCCAUAAUGCCCCUCCCCUCCCCUCUCCUUCUUAAAGUGUGAAAGAAGUAAUUAAUAUGAUGGACCAAAGUACAAAAAUACUCAUGUAUCAAGUAGGAGUUUGUGAACAUAUAGUAUUAGUGUGUGCAAUAGUGGUCAAUUUAAGUUUGUUUAAAAGAAUACAUUGCUUUUUUUUUUUUAAAGCAAUACUGUCAAAAGACAAUUGCCUUUUUAAAACUGAGACAGCAGCCUGGUUUCUCUCAAGCCAACCUUUUUCGAAAACUAUUGCACUGGCAUGAAGAGAGAACACAUGUAUGCAUGUUUUGGGAUUAAUGGCACAAUGUUAUUUGCUGCAUUAUUUUGCAUAAUAAAAUGGCCAAAUUCGGUGUUAAUAGUAUUUCAAAAUCCAA